CAAAUACAUUUAUAUUAAGAUUUAAAUGCCUCCUAAAAAAGAAUAGCAAGAAGAGAAGAAGAAUAAGUUGGGAAGACCCAGCAAUACUCUCAAGAUGGGUAUUGUAGGUAUGGCAAAUGUGGGAAAAUCAACCACAUUUAAUACUUUGUGUAAAUUGAAUGUUCCAGCAGAAAAUUAUCCAUUCUGCACAAUAGAUCCCAACAAUGCCAAAGUUCCUGUUCCAGAUGAGAGAUUUAUUAAACUAUGCCAAAUUCACAAACCUAAAAGUGAGAUUCAAGCUGUCUUGAGCAUUGUUGAUAUUGCUGGAUUGGUCCCAGGAGCACACAAGGGAGAAGGAUUGGGAAAUGCUUUCUUAUCACACAUAAAAGAAUGCGAUGGAAUUUAUCAUGUAGUGAGAGCAUUCGAAGAUGAGAAUGUUUGUCAUACUGAAUUGUCAGUUGAUCCAAUUAGAGACAUGGAUAUCAUUUCUACUGAGUUGUUGUUGAAGGAUUUGGAAUUCUGUAACAAUAGAUUGGCAGAAACAGAACACGUAAUUAAGAGAAACAACAAUAAAGAUGCUAGAGAAGAGAAGGAAGUCUUGGACAAAGUCAAAUUGUUAUUGGACAACAAGAAGUGGGUAAGAACAGGAGAUUGGAACUUCAAGGAGAUUGAAAUAUUGAAUAAAUACUAUUUCAUUACAGCAAAGAAUGUAGUCUAUUUGGUCAACUUAAGUCAACCAGAUUUUAUGACUAGAAAGAAUAAAUGGUUGAAAGGUAUUAAGGAUUGGGUUGAUGCCAAUUGUCCAGGAGAUAUUAUACCAUACAGUGCAGAUUUAGAAAAAACUAUUUUUGAAGAAACUCAAGCAGGUACCAUAACAUAAGAAAGAUCAAAAUUAUCCAUGUUGCCAAGGAUCAUCAAGACUGGAUACAAGACAUUAGAUUUGAUUUACUUCUUUACUGCAGGAGAAGAUGAAGUCAGAUGUUGGACAAUUAGAGCAGGAACUAAAGCUCCUUAAGCUGCUGGAGUUAUCCAUACAGAUUUUGAAAAGGGAUUCAUUUGUGCUGAAGUUAUGAAGUAUGAAGAUUUUGUUCAUUUGGGUACCAUCACAGCAGUCAAGGCUGAAGGUAAGUAUAGACAAUAGGGUAAGGAGUACGUUGUAGAAGAUGGAGAUAUCUGUUUCUUCAAAUUUAAUGUUGGAGGCGGAGGCAAAAAAUGAGUAUUAGAAUAUUAAUAUCACAUUAAGUAUAUUAAAUAGAUAGAUUGGUAUA